GCCGAGCGGGGCCCGGGAGGAGCGGAGCGGAGCGGAGCGGAGCGGCACUGGCGGCCGGCAGGGCCAGGGAAAGCCGCUGGAAUAGAACAGCCCGCCUUGCUGCCCCGCGGUCCGAUCCGUGGAGAAAAGGUUGAGCUUUUCAAGCGCGUACCUGGGGGUGAGACUUGGCGGUGUCAGUGCGCUGUCUUGCAAUCUUCCCUUGCAAUCACAGAAAACGGUGAAAUCUUCUUGAGCUGAUGCAUUCACUACAUUUGUAAGCUGUUCAGCCAUCAGCUUAGCUGCUCUGCUUCCUGAUACUGAAGACUCUAGGAUUUCUGUUCAUGUAGACUGUUCAAAAUGAAUGAACAUCCUAAAAAGAGGAAAAGGAAGACUCUGCAUCCCUCUCGUUACUCAGAUUCUUCAGGUGCAAGCAGAUACAUAGACAACAGUGGCAUUUUUUCUGACCACUGCUAUAGCGUCUGUUCCAUGAGACAGCCAGAUAUAAACAGAGGUAGAUUCCACAGUCCUGUGCAGAGCCUGGACACAGACGAUGAUGGGAGUCCGGUGCAUGCCGGGAGCUCUCACUGGAGCGUUGGGAUGCACUGUACAGACCCUAAAAAGAAGGAUAAAGGUAAAGAUAAAGGUACUAACAAUGGAGUUUGCAGAGACUUAUGUGACUCACCUAUAUUCAGUGACAGCCCCACAGAAGAAGAGAAACCUCUAGAUAUCCAAACUGUAGAAAUUUCUACAACAGAAGUGAAUGCUGUAGAAGUUCAUGACAUAGAAACACAGACUGUGUCACCUGAGAAGCUGGAAGCUGAGGACCUUGAGGAGAUCCCUCUGGAGACCUGUAAAAUCUUUGAGAAGAACCAGGCUGUGAAUAUCACAGCUCAACAGAAAUGGCCCUUGCUGAGAGCCAACAGCAGCGGCUUGUACAAGUGUGAGCUCUGUGAAUUCAACAGCAAGUACUUCUCUGAUCUGAAGCAGCACAUGAUCCUGAAGCAUAAGACAUGUACAGAAACUCAUGUCUGUAAAGUUUGUAAAGAAAGUUUCUCCAGCAAAGUGCAGCUCAUUGAGCACGUAAAACUACACGAGGAGGAUCCAUACAUCUGUAAAUACUGCGAUUACAAAACGGUGAUUUUUGAGAAUCUGAGUCAGCACAUAGCAGACACUCACUUCAACGACCACCUUUACUGGUGUGAGCAGUGUGAUGUGCAGUUCUCCUCCAGCAGCGAGCUGUACCUGCACUUCCAGGAGCACAGCUGUGACGAGCAGUACCUGUGUCAGUUCUGUGAGCACGAGACAAACGACCCCGAGGAUCUGCACAGCCACGUGGUGAACGAGCACGCGUGCCGGCUCAUCGAGCUGAGCGACAGCUACAACAACAAGGAGCGUGGCCAGUACAGCCUCAUCAACAAAAUCAGUUUUGACAAAUGCAAAAACUUCUUUGUGUGCCAGGUGUGCGGCUUUAGGAGCAGGCUGCAUACAAAUGUCAACAGGCACGUAGCUAUUGAGCACACCAAAAUAUUCCCUCAUGUUUGUGAUGACUGUGGGAAGGGAUUUUCAGGUAUGCUGGAGUAUUGCAAGCACCUAAGCUCUCAUUUAUCUGAAGGGAUUUAUUUGUGUCAGUACUGUGAAUAUUCAACGGGACAGAUUGAAGACCUUAAAACUCAUUUGGAUUUCAGGCAUUCAGCAGAUUUGCCUCAUAAAUGUACCGAUUGUUUAAUGAGGUUUGGGAAUGAGAAAGAUCUUUUAAGUCAUCUUCAGAUACAUGAGACGGUGUGAUUGCAUUCUUUCCCUGUAAUCAAUUUGUUAGAAUUGGAAUUAAUUUCCGGUCACUGGAAUGUGAUAUUAAAUACGAUUUCAACAGCAAUUGUACAUUUCUAAUGUUUUCAUCUUUAUAUCAGUAAAGCAUGUAUAGCGCU